AUGGCAACUAAUACUGAAAAACCCUCUAUAUUAUCUUCUAUAUCAAAAGCAUUUACACCAAAUUCUGAAUGGUAUAGUAAAGAUGAAAUAUUGGAUGUAGUUUAUUGGGGCAAACAAAUUUUGUCAAUAGCAAUAGGAAUCAUCUGGGGAUUAUUACCUUUUACUGGUAUCGCAAGUAUACUUGCUUUCACAGUUGCUUCAGGAGUAUCAACCUAUCUUUAUGUAACAAGAUUCCAGGGAUAUGAUGAAGAUGACCUUGGUGGAUUUUUUGAAAUUGCUAAAGAAGGAUUAAGUGCGGCUUUUGCAACUUUUAUGAUAACAUGGAUUGUUACUUAUACUUUAUUUCAUUUUUAA